AUGUUGUUAUCAUCUAAUACUAACCUUUUUCUCUUUAUAGGUGGUUCCGUGGUGGCAAUGGUUGGUAAAGAUUGUGUUGCCAUUGCAUCAGAUUUACGUCUUGGUAAUCAAUCAUUAGGUCUUUCAAAUAAGUUUGAAAAAGUUUAUAAUUAUGGUCAUGUUUAUCUUGGAUUAACAGGAUUAGCAACAGAUGCUAUAACAUUAUCUGAAGUUUUCAGAUAUAAAACAAAUUUAUAUAAAUUAAGAGAAGAAAGACAAAUUGAACCUGAAUCAUUUGCAAAUUUAGUUAGUUCCACAUUAUAUGAAAAAAGAUUUGGUCCUUAUUUCAUUGGUCCAGUUGUUGCUGGUAUUAAUUCUAUAACUUCAAAACCUUUUAUUUGUGGAUUUGAUUUAAUUGGAUGUAUUGAUUUUGCUAAAGAUUUUAUAGUUAGUGGUACAGCAACUGAUCAAUUAUAUGGUAUGUGUGAAUCACUUUAUGAACCAGAUUUAGAACCAGAAGAUUUAUUUGAAACUAUUUCUCAAGCUUUAUUAAAUGCCGCUGAUCGUGAUGCUUUAUCAGGUUGGGGUGGUGUUGUAUAUAUUAUUACAAAAGAUAAAGUUGUUAAAAGAUAUUUGAAAUCUCGUCAAGAUUAG